UGCUGUCCCAUCAGCAGAUCACACCCAACGGGGCCGCAGCGCAUCGCUCCUCCGCCACCAGCACCAUGAUACCGGGAGUCCCCACCGCAGCCUGACCGCAGCCUGCAGCCCACCGGGCCGGCCGAGCACCGGGACCAGGACCAGGACCAGGACCGUGGACUCAAGAGGCGCUCCACCGCACGCACGCACGCACGGGUGCACGCGCGGACUGAGAGCGGGAUAUCGCAGAGAGAGAGCGAGAGAGAGAGAGAGAGAGAGAGAGAGAGCGAGCGCGAGAGAGAGAGAGAGAGAGAGAGAGAGAGAGAGAGACCCCCAUACUCAGAGUGAGAGAAGACGGGACCGCCGGCCGAGCAGGCGGACUGUACUGCGCCGCGGACUGCGCUCCACAAACGCGUCCCAGCCGGAAAUCCGCGACAAUAAACCCCGCAAAUCUGAACCCAAGUGAAAAUGUCAUCAUCAGGAAAAGACGCCAACAGUGGGCAUUACGCCAACUAUGUGGGACCGUACCGGCUGGAGAAGACCCUGGGCAAAGGACAGACAGGUCUGGUAAAGCUCGGCGUGCACUGUGUCACAUGUCAGAAAGUCGCCAUAAAGAUCGUCAACAGAGAAAAACUCAGCGAGUCGGUCCUGAUGAAGGUGGAGCGGGAGAUCGCCAUCCUGAAGCUCAUAGAACAUCCUCAUGUAUUAAAGCUGCACGACGUCUAUGAAAACAAGAAAUAUCUGUACCUGGUGUUGGAACAUGUGUCGGGUGGUGAGCUGUUCGACUACCUGGUGAAGAAAGGCCGGUUAACACCCAAAGAGGCCAGAAAGUUCUUCAGACAGAUCAUCUCUGCUCUGGACUUCUGCCACAGCCACUCCAUAUGUCACAGAGAUCUGAAGCCAGAGAACUUGUUGUUAGACGAGAAGAACAACAUCAGGAUAGCAGACUUUGGCAUGGCGUCUCUGCAGGUCGGGGACAGUCUGCUGGAGACCAGCUGUGGAUCUCCGCAUUACGCCUGCCCAGAGGUGAUCAGGGGUGAGAAGUACGAUGGGAGGAAAGCUGAUGCGUGGAGCUGUGGAGUCAUCCUGUUUGCACUUUUAGUGGGAGCUCUGCCGUUCGACGACGACAACCUGAGGAACCUGUUGGAGAAGGUGAAGCUGGGAGUUUUCCACAUGCCACACUUCAUCCCUCCAGACUGCCAGAACCUGCUGCGAGGAAUGAUCGAAGUGGACGCCACCAAGAGGCUGACGUUAGAGCAGAUCCAGAAGCACACGUGGUACCUAGCGGGUAAAAACGAGCCAGAGCCUGAGCAGCCCGUCCCGAGGAAGGUGGCCAUCAGGACACUGGCUGCAGCUGAGGAGAUCGACCCCGAUGUCCUGGAGAGCAUGCAUUCACUGGGCUGCUUCAGAGACAAGGAUAAACUAACCAAAGACCUGCUGUCGGAAGAUGACAACCAGGAGAAGAUGAUCUACUUCCUGCUGCUGGACCGUAAGGAGAGGUAUCCGAGCCACGAGGACCAGAACUUGCCGCCACGGAAUGAGAUCGCAGACCCUCCCAGGAAGCGUGUGGACUCGCCCAUGCUGAGCCGCCACGGGAAGCGAAGACCAGAGAGGAAGUCCAUGGAAGUGUUGAGCGUGACAGAGGGGGGGUCGCCUGUACCUGUACGACGAGCCAUCGACAUGGCAACACACGGCCAGAGCAAAUCAGUUUUCAGUAAAAGCUUGGAUAUCACAAACGCUAACUGCAGCAAGGAGGAAAGGUCACGGUCAAUCAGCGGAGCGUCCUCCGGUCUGUCCACCAGUCCCCUCAGCAGCCCCAGGCCCCACAGGCGGUUUUUCGUCCCGCCCCAGUCCCCAGACCUGUGUCAGUCCCCCAACUGCAGCCCCACCCACUCCUCAGAGCUCCGCCUUAAUGGGGUGGGGCCCCGCACACCCAACUCCUACCAGCCAAAGAUGGGCUCCCCCCUCAUGCACCCACGCACUCAGACCCUCCCCGCCAAGCCCAAAGUGUCUGAGAAGCCACUGCAGACCACCAGGUCCAACCCCCUCCCCAACUCAGCCCAGACCCCCUCUACCCCGAAAUCGGAACCGUCCACCCCCUGCCAGCCUCUGGCCCCCUGCAUACCCAACAGCCCCAGGGUGAGACGCCACCCACCCCUCACCGUACCACCCAAACUGUCCAUCCCUCUGUCCCCUGUGCCUCCUAUGUCCCCCCUCCGUCGGCACCACCUCCACCCUGACCACAAUGGCAAAUCUGUCCCCAUCACACAGGUGACCCCUCACCCCUCCCCCAGAGGGAGCCCCCUCCCUACCCCCAAAGGCACCCCGGUGCAUACGCCCAAGGACAGCCCGGCCGGCACGCCCAGCCCGACACCCCCACCCAGCCCCUCCAUUGGGGGGAUGCCCUGGAGGACGCGUCUCAACUCCAUCAAGAACAGCUUCCUGGGCUCGCCGCGCUUCCACCGCAGGAAAAUGCAAGUUCCCACACAGGAGGACAUGUCCAGUUUGACUCCAGACUCGUCUCCAGAACUGGCUAAGAAGUCAUGGUUUGGUAACUUCAUCAACUUGGAAAAAGAAGAGCAGAUCUUCAUAGUGAUCAGAGACAAACCUCUGAGCUCCAUAAAGGCAGACAUUGUCCAUGCCUUCCUCUCUAUUCCCAGUCUGAGCCACAGCGUCAUAUCUCAGACCAGUUUCCGGGCCGAGUAUAAGUCCACAGCCGGGCCGACAGUUUUCCAAAAGCCGGUGAAGUUCCAGGUGGACAUCACCUACACGGAGAGCAGCGGCGCCACCAAGGAGAACGGCAUCUACUCGGUCACCUUCACCCUGCUGUCAGGUCCCAGCCGGAGGUUCAAGCGUGUGGUGGAGACCAUCCAGGCUCAGCUGCUCAGCUCCAGCGACCAGCCCGGGAGCCAGCCCCAGAUCUCUGACGGCUCUCAGCGCUCUUUGUCCUGUAAAUCCUCCAAACGGGGCAGCCCGUUGAGUAACUUCUUUGACGUAAUUAAACAGCUUUUUUCAGACGACAAGAACAUCCAAGCGUCCCACUCCCCUGGCGCCCCUGCCACGCCUAGCUCCCCCGCCAAGCAUGCCCCCAGCAGCAAGCCCAACCAGCCCCCGCCCAAUGACUCUAAAUGCCCCCCCGGCAAAGACAAAACAAAGACGGCCUCCAGCAGCAGGACACAGGAACAACCUUAAGGAGCGGUAGCUGUGCAUGACUAGACGAUAAGCAGUGAGCAGGUCAUUACAUACGACCACAGAGGAAAGCUGCUACCUUUGCCCUUUAGUUCAGAGUGUUGCUCUAUGAAAAGAAGAAAAUAAAAAUCUACUUUUUGCCUAUGAACUUUUGUACUGUAUACUGGGAAUGGCUAUUUCAGUUAAAGAUUGAUCAGUAUUUUACAAUAAGUAGCAGAUGUAGCUUUGUUGUCACCACCUAAUGUCCCUCUCUGUGUCCGGGGUUUCUGUCCUCUUCACAUGUGUGAUGGCUUCACUUGUCUCUGCCACCAGGGAUCAUCCAUAAUAACUAUUAACACCCAACCACGGCGGCUCACCGACACCGCUCACCAACUGUUUCCACAGCUGAGGAAAAAGACAGAAGACAUCCAUUCCCCUCACUUACCCCGCUUCACUUCACCUCCACGUCUUGGGUUCACUUCGCCCCCUCCAGUCCAAACCCAGAGACACCUCAGAGGAGAUGUAAAAAGACAAAAAAGGCCUUAAGACAGUGAUGUUUGUCGAUCUACACUCAUCUCCUCUUUCUUUUCUCUUCUGUUCUGUCCUACAAAGCCAAAAAGCAGGAACUAUGCAUCUGGUCUUGGUGUGGAACCUGAGAAAGAUGAAGCAAUGAAAUGACCGAUAAGGCAGACGAUGACUGUUUUGAUAAGUGAUUGACUUAUUCUUGAUUAAAUCCUAAAUUCUAUGUUUCUCCUUCAGACAUGUAAAAGCUUGCUGCUAUAGAUGAUGAUAGUAAGGGUUAUAGAAUGUUGGUCCAACAAAACAAAACAUUUUAACAAGUAACAAUAUAGGCCAAAUUAUCAAUAGUUAUUAUUUAUCAUAAGUUGAAAAAAAAAUUAAUCCUCAAUUUUACAACGUUUUUUUGUAUUUGGAUAAGAUGUAAACUGUAAAACUAUUCAAGUUGUGCAUUUGUUUUUGAUCAAUAAGGUUUUCAAUGUUAAAUAUUAAAUUAAACAAAUGUCUGUUGGGAGAGGACUGUGCUAGUCUAUCCUAUUAAACAAUGAUAAUGUUAAGUCAGAGGAAUUAUAAAAUAAAUUUGGAAUCCUCAGAUCAGCAGUUUAGAGGCAAAACCAAACAAAUGUGCACGGCUAAAUACUGAAAUAAAUAUCGAAGAAAUUGGUUCUGGAAAUGGUAUGCCACGUUUCAUUAAGAAGUGAAGCAAAGCAGUGAGACAGACAUAGUAGAUUCAGUCCUGUUUUUUAGGGAUUUGUGUCAGUGACAUGUUAAAGGGAACACAAUGACAUGUCUUAAGUUACAUUUAUGACUCGGUAUUAUCAAAAACUGGAAACCAUACAUAUUGAACUGGAUGCAUAGAUACACUCCUAACCUUUAAAUAUCUAAACAUUGAAUACAUAUGUGCUGUAAUUGACAUGUUUUGUUUGUUUAUGUUCUGAACUACAGUGCUAAUCUUAACAAAAAUCCUGCUGCUGCUAUGCUAACUCGCUUAGCAGAGUAGAAAAGGCUAACUUUAAGUUGCUAACUAGCCAGUGGGCCUCAGGUUUACUUAAAGUGAAAACAAUAGAUUAAUUUUAUGUGUAGCAUAACUGAAAUGUCAUAAUUUGAUGGUUUUAAUAUUAUACAACUAAAUUAAGCAAAAGUAAAAUGUAGUCAUACUUGGACAAAGACAGCUAACUUAUGCUAAUGCUAAAGCUAACUGGCUACAUGCAUUAGCCCAUGUAGUUCCUGCUGUUUGUCUUUGUGGGGCAGUUUUUCUCUACUUGUAUAAAGAUACAGAUAUGACUUUUCUGCGGGAUGUACUGACUUGCACACACUUACAGAGAGAAUAAGAGGAGAUGGACAGUCGGACGCUGGCUGGAUUGUAUUUCUUUUUACUGUCAGGAUUUUUGGAGUGCGCUCUGUGGCAUCUGUUCAUUAUGUGGGUUCAUCCACAUCCACUGAAGUGUGAUAAAGUAGACUGGAGGAGGUGAUAAAUAAAUGAAUGAUCUAUUCUGUUGUACAGACUAAAUAGCAUUUCUUAUGUACAAAAAAAGUGUAGUUGUGACUUUUUGUUUAGAGGACUUGUUUUGUUUCUAAUUUAAGUCUGUCUCAUUUUCUUUUGCACUUUCUGUAAAUUUGGUUCAGUACUUACCAUGUCUAUAAAUUUUGUAUUUCUUUUUAUUUUGUCAUUUACGUUCCUUUGAAUUAUCUGCAGGAUUCAGACAAUAUCGAACUGCUGUGUAUAUUUUUGUACUUUUGUCUUUUGUUAUUAAUUUAUUCUUGGUUAUUUAUAUGAAAGAUGUUGAGAAUGUUUCUUCUGUCAAAUUAUUUAAGGAUAUUUUUGUCAUGUUUAAGUUAUUGAACAGUGAAAAAUCUCCAGAUGUUUGUGGACUCCUUUUCCUGGCUUUUUUGUUUGGAGAGACUUUGUGUAAUAUACCUUUGGAAAAUGAUUUAACGUAAUUUAAGAAUGUAGACUAGCCUCUUUGAGAGGAACAAACCCUCUGUUGAUAACUGUCUGCUCUUUCUCCCCUGUGUGUAUGAAGACUCAGAACUCACCAAACACUCAUCCUGUAAAUAAGCCGAGUUUACUGACAAGCUUAUUUCAAACCGAGGGGAUUCCUACUCUUAGCUUUGAACUCGUACGGUUGUUUGCAUGUUCAGCAUUCGUCUUUUCUUUGCAUGUCGUCGUUGGAAUUGUUAUCUUGUUCCCUUUCUCUCUUCACACUUAUUUCUGUAUUUCUGUUCUUUAUGUGCAUUUGUUAUAAUUUAAUAUUUAUUUUUCUUUUGUUUUUUUUUUUCUUUUUUUAUUUCCUUUGCUGUCUUCUCACCCUUUUAGAUUACUGUGCACAUGCAGUAACCGUGCAAAUGCAUCCUCCUUUGUUCUCUCAAAGAGGGACCUCGCUGGCGAUUGGGUCGCUCGCUCAGACCAGCUGGGUGGGUGCUGGGUGAUAAGAGAGAAAACUAAAAGCAAUACCUUCCAUUGUUCGCUUUCCUCUUUUUCUACUGUGGGAAUCCAGAGCACACAGAAAGGACUCGGAGCACGGAGCGCUACCACUGAGCAGGAUAACCACUGGCAAUGUAUACCCUUGUGAUGUUACUGUGAACAACUUCAGUGCUAAAGGAAAUAAAUCUGUUGACUUUGGA